AUGGUGGUUCAUCUGGUCCUUAUAGUGAUGUCCUUGUGUGCUUCUGGUGAUGGUGGUUCGUUUGGUGCUUCUGGUUAUAGUGGUUCAUCUGAUCCUUAUAGUGAUAGUUGUUCGUUUGGUGCUUCUGGUGAUGGUGGUUUGUCUAAUCCUUAUGGUAAUAGUUGUUCGUUUAGUGCUUCUGGUGAUAGUGGUUCGUCUAGUCCUUAUAGUAAUAGUUGUUUGUUUGAUACUUCUAGUGAUGGUAAGACCGCAGAUAAAGUGAUAUUAGUAUAA